CGGCGGCGGCGCGGGGCGGCCCCGCCGAGGAUGCUGCGGCUGCGCUGCAAGGCCCGGAGCGGCACCCAGCCGCUGCCCGGCCUCACCGCCCACUCUCGCCUCCGCGACAUGCAGGCCACCCUGGCUGCCCUCACUGGCGUCCCCGCCGCGGCUCAGCGCCUCCUCUUGGGUUUCCCGCCGCGGAGCCUGGACCUUAGCGACGGUGAAAGGAGGCUCGGUGACCUCGGGAUCCACUCGGGCGACACUCUCAUCGUUGAAGAGGACACUUCCAACCCCAAGCCUGACUCGCCUGUAGUUGCCAAGAGAACCAUGUCUCACUCGCUGAGGGAAGCUGUGCCUGUGCUGGCCAGGAGGGUUGUUCCAGCAGACAACUCCUGCCUCUUCACCAGCAUCUACUACGUGGUGGAGGGAGGCGUGUACGACCCGGGCUGCCCUCCGGAGAUGCGCAGCCUCAUCGCCCAGAUCGUGGCCAGCGAUCCCGAGGCUUACUGCGAGGCGGUCCUAGGGAAAACAAACAGGGAAUACUGUGACUGGAUCCGAAAGGAGGAGACUUGGGGAGGAGCCAUCGAGGUGUCCAUCUUAUCCAAGUUUUACCAGUGUGAGAUCUGUGUGGUGGACACGCAGACGGUCCGCAUCGACCGCUUCGGGGAGGACGCUGGCUACAGCAAGAGAGUCCUCUUGAUUUACGAUGGGAUUCAUUAUGAUCCACUCGAGAGGAAGAUCCCUGGCACGGACGUUCCUCCCCAGACCAUUUUCUCUACCGCUGAUGACGUUGUUCUUGCACAAGCCCUGGAGCUGGCUGAUGAAGCCAGGAGGAAGAGGCAGUUCACCGACGUGAAUCACUUCACGCUGAGGUGCAUGGUGUGCCAGAAGGGAUUGACUGGACAAGUGGAAGCCAGAGAACAUGCCAAGGAGACUGGACACACCAACUUUGGAGAGGUGUGACGCCUGCAUGAGGAUGGUUGCAUCGACUACCUCACCAAUCCAGGAUGAAAUCCUGGGUUUCCUGAUAAAGCUCUAUGUAAUCCUCUGAAAUUCCAUUCACAAAGCUUGAAAAGCAAAUGGAAAGGGUGGCCCAGGCACACACAGGUUUGGUAUGGUUAAGCACUCUGCUGAUGGAUCUGGAAUAGGAAUCUUCUGGCAUGGUGAUCUCUAGGUACUCGGGGCAGGUGGUUUGUGCUGGCAGCUAAAAGCUGAUUGCUGAAAGAACCUUCUCUUUGUGUGCAUCAUCUGAGCAGACUCACAGCCCUCGGCUUGUUCAACACUAGCUUCGAAUCCAGCCUCUGUAACCUGCUGAAUUAUUCCCUCCGUGUUCUGCUUUCAGGGUGAUUAAGACAAGCUAAGGGUUUGGGAAACUCAGCAUUACUUAUCCUGCAAGUUAGACUCUGCUCAUUUGAUGGCACAGGAAGAGUGUCUCCAAAGCUGCCCUGUUAGCAUCAGGAGUAGACUUUUGUGUUGUUUGUGUGAAGUCCUGGCUUUAGAGAAAGAAAUGGCCUCUAAGCUUUAAGGUUAGCCUUCAAAUAACUAAGUAGGUGGUUAAGUGUUGAAUAAAGUCAUUAAUCCUCUGUAGGUAGUUUUUUUUUAGUUGCUUGAAAGAAUAACUUAUCAACCCCCCCC